CAGACACAUCUUGCGAUUUGGCCUCUUCCACCUCCCCUCGUCGCAUCGUAUGGUCAAAGUGCUGCCUUUCAAAGCCUACCGGCCCCCGGCCGCUCUGGCAAGCACAGUAGCUGCCCCUCCUUACGACGUUAUCUCCUCUGAUGAGGCCCGUAGAUUGGCGGAUGGCAAAGAGGACAGCUUUUUGCGCGUAAACAAACCAGAGAUCGACUUGCCUGCAAGUCUAUCCUCUUAUGACUUGCGGGUAUACGAACGCGGCGCAAAAAAUCUCAAGGAGUUCAUCUCCCGAGGCUGGCUUCGCAAAGAAGCAGCCCCCGCGUACUAUAUUUAUUCCCAACGGAUGGGUGAUCACAUUCAGCAUGGGAUAUGCGGUGCAUGUUCUGUGGAAGAGUACGCGACGGGGGUGAUCAAACGCCACGAGAAGACGCAGGUGAAGAAGGAGAACGACCGGACCCGCCUGACCUACACGCAGAACGCCAACGUGGGGCCCGUCUUCCUCAUGUACAAGCCCCACGACGCGCUGGACGAGAUCGUGCGCACGGUCACAAGCACGCGUCCGGCGGAGACGUCGUUCGUGGCGGAUGACGACGGCAUUGAGCACUUGGUCUGGCUCGUGAACGACGAGCCUACGGUCAGCUCCAUCCGCAGGGCUUUCGAGAGUAUUCGCUUCUCGUACAUCGCCGACGGCCACCACCGCUCUGCCUCAGCGUUCCGCGUGGGAGAGAUGAAAAUCAAAGAGGCGAUUGCGGCGGGCAAGAACGUGACGGGGGACGAGUCUUUCUGCCUCUUCUUGGCUGUCCUCUUCCCUGCCAACCAGCUGAAGAUACUAGAGUACAACCGUAUUGUGAAGGACCUCAACGGCUUGACGGAGGAUGAAUUUUUGAGCAAAGUGAUGGAGAACUUUGAGGUGUCGAAAUCGGGAGGGGAAGAAGUGAAGCCAGACGAGGGGGCCGGCAAUGGAGGAGAGCCGCGUCCAGGAGGCAACAAGAUCGUCCGACCAACGGUGAAAGGGGAGGUGGGUAUGUGUCUGCGGGGGACCUGGUAUCGGCUAAAGGCGCGGGAGGCUUCGGUCCCCAAGCACGACCCUGUGAACUCGCUGGACGUGCAAGUAGUCUACAACCACGUGCUUAAGGCGGUGCUGAACAUCGGGGACCCCCGGGAAGACGAGCGGAUGAAGUACGUGGGAGGCGUGCGAGGUCUGGAGGAGCUGGAGCGGCUUGUGACAGGAGAGAGGGCCUGGGGGGCCGUGGCCUUCGCCAUGUAUCCCGUGUCGGUGGAGGAGGUUAUGGACAUCGCGGAUGCAGAAGCCCUCAUGCCCCCAAAAGCAACCUGGUUCGAACCCAAACUACGAUCGGGCUUGAUCGUGAGGUUGUACGACGACUCGUAAAGGAGACAGAGGGAUGAAUGUGAUAAGUGAGAGAUUUGUCAGUCGCCAUGCGUUGACCAACCAGAGUACACCGAGCUUGACAAACAGAUCAGUCACACUAGGAAAUGGAAAUGCGCGAUUUAGGUAAAACACGCAAAAUUUAAGAAACCAACCGCAAACAAUGCACAUGAAAAAGAAAAUUUGCACAAGGAAAGA